CAGAAAACCAUCGAGAAUUUUUGCUUUCCUGAUACUGUAAUCAUAGUUAACAUCUUUGACAACAUUUCAACAAUUGUAUUCCUUUCUUGGAUCCCACUGGGUCGACGAAAAUGAGUAACGACACGAAAUAUUUUGUUCGUUUACGGAUCGGGCAUAAAUCUGAAAUGCUUGAUCGUCCAACAUCGACUGGCAUGACUCAUCGAUGGACGGUAUUUGUACACUCUUUCAGUGGAAUGCCAUUUACGGAUCGCAGUUUUAUUUCAAAGGUUAUCUUUGAAUUGCAUCCCGAUUUUUCAUCUCCUCGACGAGUUGUAAAAGAACCUCCUUUUGAAGUUAGCGAAUUGGGUUAUGGUGGAUUUUCGAUUCCAAUUCACAUCACUUUUACAGGCGCAAGCAAAGUCUAUAAGCUGACAUAUGACAUGAAUCUUGUAUUAGAGAAAUACAAUGAACAGUUCAUUACGCAGACCAUCGAAAUGAAACAGUCAUCGUCAUCAUUCCGAGAACUGAUUUUGAAAUAUGGUGGGGUUAAGAAGGAUUCCGAUAAACGAAAAGAAAAGCAUCGAUUACGGAAAGGAACAAUAAGUUCAUCAGAGGAACCGGCUCCGAAGAGGGAAAAAGAAAAAGAGAACGGCCGAUCUGGAAGCAAUCCACCCUUAAGUAAAUUAAAAAUUCCGCGCGCUCUUGUUGAUGCCGAGAAAAGGCAAAAGAAUUCUAGAUCCGCUUCAUCUGAAAAUAUCGCAAAUAUUUCUAAAUCAGUAGUUCCCGCAGAGACCAAAAUGUCAUCGAAUAAUGAAACAAAAACAGCUGUCCUAUCAGGAGUGAAACAAAUAGAAACAAUAAGUUCGGAACCGUCAACAUCAACCGAAUCAAAUUGUUCAGAUUCGGAAACUUCGAAAACCACGACAUUCAGUGCAGAAAGCACCAUUUCGAUGACUCCAACGUUUGAAAACGACUGCACGAUAGAGAAACAGUAUGGUUUUGAAUUUCUGGUUCGGCUGCAGAAGAAGCUGAUGACAAUAAAAGAUCCAGAUAAAAUGUUAGCAGUUGUAAAUACUCUUUUAACGCCUACAUCAUCCAGUACCAGUUUGCCAUCAGGUUUGUUGUUUACCGACAACAAUCUGUUGUCAUUCGAUAUUUGCAAGUUGAAUUCAUCUAUUAUUAGUAAAUUAGAUGAAAUUUGUUUUGGAAAUACCGCUUAAAUGUAUGCUAUAGUUAGAAAUUCAAAU